AGUUUAGGUUAAAUUUCAUUACUGAACACAUGUUAAGAACAUUUUAAAGCCUUUUUUCGUCCAACAAUUUUUAUGGAAUCUUUGGAUAUAAUCGGUGAGUAGCUAUUACAGUUUCAGUACAUCGACCUAUUACUCAGUUUUUACGGGUGGGGCCUUUCAAUUAAAUGCCAUACUGAAUGUUCGAAUGCAAUCAACGGGAUUGCUCGCUCGGCGUUAUGUUAAUAGAAACGCAUUGUCAAACUCUAUAAUCCAUCUACCACACGCUUCUCAUCAUUAUUUGAUGAGUACAUAGCAAAAUUAACAUCACUUUUUUACCGACCGAACAUGGGUCAACUGGAACAUGAACGUAAUGCUCUUGUAGGUUCAAGGAAGACAUGGUUGCGCCUCUUCUAUAACUUCACUCAAGAGACAACAUUUCACGGGGUUCGAUUUAUUACUUCAUCAACUCCCUGGUUUAUUCGCCGAAUACUUUGGUUUCUCUCCUGUUCAACCGCCCUUGGAAUAUUUGCUUGGUUCGUUAACGAUCGAUUAUCUCAUUUUCGGGAUAAACCUCGUUCGGUUAAUGUAGAAGUUAUCUUCACUAGAUCAGUUGAUUUUCCCGAUAUCACAAUAUGCAAUCAAAACUCUUUCAGGACAUCCGAAACCCAUGAAAUCGGCUUGUAUGAUACAGUUGAAGCAACCUUCGAAAAAGGUCUCCAAUCAGAACCAUUUGAUUUUGUACCUGGGAAAAUUCUCAAGGGUAUAGGUCCCCCCGUUGCCCAAUAUGAGAAUGUGACAGCAAGAGUAUGCCUUGCCCUCUGUUCAAGUCAACAACAUAGCUCACAAUGUUGUGCUGUUAUGUUUAAUACAUUCUCGAAAACUUGCUACAUUACUCCUAUGUCAGAUAGAAAUGAUGGAAUAAAAGUGAUUGACAGUAUAAAUACAAACUUUUACAGGAGAAAAACUUGCGAUGUGAAAACAAAUUAUACAUGCGAUUUUGAACAAAAUGUUUGCGGACUUGUUAACAAAUCAGCAACAAGAGAAUUAACCUGGCACCGCAUUAUGGCUAAAACAUCUUUCAGUGUUUCCUCUUUUGACAGAACAUCAAUGAAUUCCAGCGGCUAUAUUGUACGGGCUUAUAGUUCUUUCAGUCAGAAACAAUCUUCAGCACAACUAGUUUCCACGUUCAUUAGUGCUGGAGAUAAUACGUGUAUAAAGUUUUACUAUCAACUUAGAAGUGGUGUUUUAAGCGUAAAAACUCAGUUAAGAUCAGAAAAUUUCAACUUGAUUUGGCAGCGUAAAGGAAUACAAGUAUGGCAGUGGUAUAAGGGCUAUAAAAAACUUCCACAAGGGUUUUAUCGCGUUGUUCUAGAGGCAUCUUCUUCUGGCAGAGGAGAAGUCGAUGUCUCUUUAGAUGAUAUUACCAUCAGCAGUUGUCUUUCUAGGGAAGACAUAGUUUGUGCAGAAGAUCCUUUUGCUACUGAUUAUGCAGGCGUUCAAACUAAAUCAAUAUCUGGCAGGGAAUGCCAACCAUGGAGCAGUAUUAGUAGCUAUUUACUCGCAACCUUUUUAAAACCGUGGGGCAGUGAAAGCGAGAAUUCAUCCCUAGUCGAACUUGGGUCAUAUUGCCGUAAUCCAAAUUUUGAUCUAAAUGGUCCCUGGUGCGUUACUGAUGUCAAUAGUAUGACAAUUGAGUACUGUAAAAUACCAUCAUGUCAAUGUCCUGAGGAUUCAUUUACCUGCAAUAAUGGUAAUUGCACUUCACUUCAUUUGCGUUGCAAUGGGGAAAAUGAUUGCGGUGAUAAUUCAGAUGAACUCUCCGAGUAUUGCGAUAAACAAAUGUCCUUGGAAUGUGAAUUUGAAGAUUGGAAUUGCGGCUACGAUACUUCUGAAUCGGUUACUGCAGAUUGGAAAAUAGUCUCUAGUGUAGGAAGAUCAUCUUAUUAUUCAAUUGUCAAUGGGAGGAAGAAUGACAAAGUUGUCCUAGUAUCACCUGCUUUCAAAUUGAGCACUGAUUCGUGUAUUUAUAUGGACUUGAAAUUAACACCGCUUGUUCCAGUCAGUCUCUCUUUGAGACAAGCAAAGUAUAAAGAUCUAUCGAGAAAUUACCUAUGUUCGUUGGAGAAGAACGACACAAAUUGGCAAGCAUCAUUUAUAGAUAUUCCCAAAGGAAAUUUUCACCUCGUUUUGGAUACCUUACCUACGAUUAACUUUGAAUUAGCAAUAGAUAACAUCACUUUAUAUGGGCAAAACUGUAAUAAUACAAUGGAAGAAGCAAUUAGAAUUAAAAAUUUAAAGAUAGAGAGACUAAAGCAAAUCGAAAUUGAAAUAGAAAAAGCCAAACAAGAAUACGUGGAAGAAAUAUUAAGGAGAAGAGCAACUACUCCAAGUUACAAUUAUACAAUUAAUGGAACAGAAACGAAUGUUACUUCCGAAUCAAGAACUACAACAACCCCAUUAAUAAGUGAUUCCACUGUUUCAGUUUCUCAUCCAACUACGAAUAAUCUAACUAUAAAUGUCACCACUGACCCAUAUCAUGGACUUAUUAAUGAAACAUGGUUGAGAGAAACUCGGUUAAACAUUACAAAUCGAUUAUUGGCGGAUGUACCAAAAGCUAUUCCGUUUGGCGAAAGAUUCUGUAAUAAAAUGGAAUGCAUUAAUUGCUUGGAAGACCUGAAGUAUGAAGGCUUUAAUGUAUCUCUUACUAAUGAAACCAAAUGUAAUAGUACAUGCAAUUUAUCACCGACUUGUCUGUGUGAUUAUAAAUUUCGAUCUUCUCAUUCACAAAUAUCAUGGGUUAUAAGGAGAGAAAUUUUGUCUCGACCCGACAGUCGAAAAAUUAAUUCCACAGAGAAUUCAACCAAUGUAGAUUUAACUCCUAUUUACAGAUAUUUUACUUCUCUUGCACUCCCCAAAAAGCGAUAUACCACUGGCACUGUUGACUUCAUUUUACCUUAUAGAGACUUUCCUGAGGAGUCUUGCUUACAGUUUUACUAUGUAAUAUAUAAUAUUGAUGUAGUGGCGCAGAAAAUUGACGGAUCGUUUCAUUUACUAACUUUAACACACGAUCAAUAUGUACCUGUUCGUCAUCUGGCUAAAGUUAAACUUCCAAUUGGCUAUUAUAGAAUUGAAUUCCGAGUGCGUCUCUCAUCUUUGCCUGGUCUGGAAAAUGUGCGGCUAGAUACAUUUAAAAUUUCACCUGGCAAAUGUCCCUGGACGGGUGAUGAACCCAAUGUUAAUUGCACUUUUUCAAACAAUGACUGGUGCGGAUACGAAGAUAUUUCAGAGGGUAGCAUUCGAUGGCGAAGAAGUCAAGACGACCAAAAAGAUGACACAGAAGGAUUUUAUGUUAAAACAACAGGAAGGGCAGACUCAAUUUGGCAGUCAGGAAGAAUUUUAUCUCCUUGGUUCAAUUCAACAUCUUACAAGAUUAAAAUAAACAAUGUUAAACCUACGAUGCCAACCGACGAUGGGACAACGUCAUCGAAUUCAACUGGCAAUACCACUUCCUCGAAUACGACUAUUACAACUGUCCCAUUUGAAACAACAACGGCGGCCAUCCAGUCGACAACUAAAUCAGGAAAUCCAACUAGAUUUGGCAGAGAUGUAAGUCAUGUAAAUCGUUCAACUUUCGAUACUACAAUUGCAUCGUCGACUCCCCAAGAAGAUCAGUUUUUUAUCAUAAAUCAAUCGUGUGUUACUUUUUCUUACUUUACACAACUGAAUGGUCAAGAUGGUCGAAGUACAUUUUCAGUUAUACUAAUCAAUGAAACCGACACAAGAGAACUGGGCUGGCGAUUACAUAAUACAGGCGAAAACGAAUGGCACACUGGUCAAUUCGAAAUUGGCGUUGGGCGAUUUAGAUUAGAAUUUCAACUAACCGGAUACAACACAAGGGGCGGAAUUGAUGAUGUUAGAGUAUUACACGGUCCCUGCCCCUCAGUCUUCCAGUGUAAAGAGCAAACUUACGCUUGUACAUCCUCGAAAACUUGUAUACCGAAUUUAAAAGUCUGCGAUGGUUUGCCAAAUUGUAAUGAAGCUGUUGACGAAGACUGUCCUGGUAACAAUCAAACUACUACAAAAACUGAAAUAGUCAUCGAACAGGAUAUCGAGAUCGGUGCGGGAGGUCGGGGACAAAUGGAUGAACUAUUCAACAGUCUUGAAACUAUCUAUAAAAGGACAGCUCAUCAAAAGGAUGAUAUGAUUUAUUCAUGCUUCUUUGAGGGUACACCGUGCAGUCAAGAAAAUUUUACUCGAGUUUUAACCGACUAUGGUCAAUGCUACACAUUUAUGGGCAAAAAUCAAUCUGAAUGGCUGACUGAUAAAACUGGAUCCAGAUUUGGUCUCAGUCUUACUAUUAAUAUCGAACAAUACGAAUAUAUGAUUGGACCACAUUCUGAUGCCGGAAUCAAAGUAUUUAUGCACGCAAAAAAUGAAAUUCCUGAGGUUCGAGAUUUAGGAUUUGCUAUUCCUCCUGGUAGCCAUGCUCUAGUGGGUAUUCGUAAACAAAUAACUGAAAAUCUGAGAGCUCCUCAUGGGGACUGUGAUGAUAGACCAUUGCAAUUUUAUCCAGCUUAUUAUCAUUCAAGUUGCCGACGAGAAUGUGAAACUCUUCUAACAAAUAAAGAAUGUGGCUGUGUUGAUGCAUAUAUGCCAAGAGCCAAUGGAGCAGAUUUUUUACCGACAUGCAACUUGACUGGAUAUUUUAAAUGCGUUAUUCCAUUUAUCGGUUCACCCGAUGCUGUUUCUGCAACAUGUAAUUGUCCAAAACCUUGUCGACAAGUUGUAUUUGAACCAUUUUUAUCAAAUGCUGCAUUAUCGAAAUUGAGCGUUCAACAGCUGUUAAGUAAUGAUUUGAAACCAUUGAAAAGAAAAUUUACUAGAGCUUACGAAACAACCCAAAGGGUUAGCACUAAGACAUUCAUUGAUGAUAUUUCGCAAUUGAAUCAGGUCUUAAGUGACUAUAUACAAUUUACUCAAUUAACUGGGCAAUACUUAGAGAAUUUGGAUGAAUCCAGUUUUAACAAAGUUUGGAUAUCCGCUAAAAGAUUAAUUACUCUUUUUGAGCACGAUGAAGGGAAAUAUUUGGAGGACAUUGAUUCAAGAGUCAUCGAAUAUAAUAAUAUUUAUGAGAAAGGAGAUGUUGUAUUGGAGUCACAAGCCGUAGAGUUGAAAAUAGCAUUAUUAGAAGUACAACAAUACCUGGAAUUCUAUAACACAACGCCUGAAGAGCCUGCAUAUUCAUUAUUCAAAACAGCCAUUGCAACUGCAGUAACAAAGGGUGAAAGAGUUAUUCAGACGCUCAAUGUAAUUUAUGAAAGAAAAUGGCAAAAUGAAAAUAGUUUUGAUGAUAUUCGUAUUGCCUGGAACACUCCAUCCGAAAAAAGGAACUGUUCAGAUAAAGUUAUAGACUUAUCCGAAGCUUUAUUCGGAGUUCAGAUUCUUUUGCAGAGAAUCGAUUCACCUGAUUUUCAACUAAACAAUUCUAAUGGAAAUAUUAUUAAUCAAUUUAAGAAUAACGUAACAUCUUUUUUAAGCCUAUCUGACAACGUUGAAAGUUGUUUGACAGAAUACAUUGACGCAAUGAAAGCUUUGUCAACAUUUUCAAAAGAUUCUGUGACCGAACUGAAAGGUUUGAUUGAAAAUCAAGAAAAUUUUCUGAUAGACUCAUCUUUUGAUUAUGAUAAAGAAAUAGAAGCUGUAAAUAGUUUUCUUAAUGAUUUGAACGAAACAACUCAGAAUUACAUCCAUUAUCGCAUUAGUAAGGGUAAAAUGUUAGAAUUGUUUGGAAAUGCUGACAAUGGUCAAGGAAUGCUUGAACAAAUUAGAUUAUUUAAAGAUAAGAUUUUACAAAAAGUAACAUCUCCUUUACAGAACAGAAUAUCGCAAAUAGAGAGUGAAGUCAAAGAGAAAUAUAAACAAAUGUUAUCUCUAACCGCCAAAACAGAGAGUUUUUUCAAAAGCGGCUAUUAUUAUAGUACAGCAGAGAAGAUGAUUAUUUGGAAAGGGAUAGCUCCAAAUUUUGAAAAUCCAACAAAUAUUAAACAAGAAGGAAAAGAACUUGUGAACAUUUGGAUUAGGGGAACUCCUAUAGAUGUUUUUCAAAAAAGUAAAGGCAACGCCUUUAUCGAGAGUGCUAUAUCGAGCUUUAUGGAUCAACUUGACAAAAUUCUAGAAGAUUUUGAGGCACAAAUAAAAUCUAAAACAAAUAUUCUGGAGAAUAAUGUCAAUACUUUAGCCACUCAAUAUCAAGUUUAUACCCAAAAAAUCGAAAUUAAUGACCAAUUUGUUCUUGAAAACUUCUUGAACAUUGACUUUUAUUUCUCACAACUUAAAGAACAAACUAUUACUCAAGUCGAAGAUUACAAGAUUAUUCAAUUUUUUAGUGAUAUUGGAGGUUUUAUGGGCUUAUUAUUAGGUGGAUCUGUUCUUAGUGUUUGCGAAGUGAUUGAUUUAAUUUUAUACAAUUUUGCUCUGAAAAUGUUUCAUCGACAAAACAAGAAUAAAAAAUCUCAAAAACAAGUUCAAUCGACAAACUCAAAGGAGGCCCUUAACGAAUCCUUACAGGCUAAUGUAGAAAAUGAAAAGGGUUUAAAAAAUGAUGGCCAAAGCGUCUAGAUAAAUUGUUUAACAUUUUCUGAAAAGUUUUUUGUUUACCUCCCUUCUUCUUAGAUCUGAUUUUGCUGUGUGCUUCUUUCUGAUUUUUGUUUGUACAGAAUUUACUUCUAUAAAUACAAUUUAAGAUAAAAAUUUAUGAUAAUAA